GACGACUGUAACCCCAAGCUUAAAACUCGUCAUGUCCGAGUCGUCUACAUCACUGUUCAAUUACUCUGAUUUUCCUGUUUGAAAGCUGCAGCUACACCCAACGAAUCUCCUACCUACACAUCACAGUAUUAUUUUGGGAAAGAUGUCGGAAUUACUAGUUAAUACACAGAAUGGCCAUCUCUCGGCUUCCCAGCGCAUUCCCGCCAUUGCAAGACCCUUUGUUAGUGAGAGGGCUGCGAAGACUUUGGAUCUUGUAGAGAAGUUCGUAGAAGAAGAAUGCAUCCCUGCUGACGAAGUCUAUACACGCCAAAUCGGCGAAACAACCGCGCAACGCUUUGCCUCACACCCACAGAUCAUCGAGGAUCUGAAAGUCAAAGCUAGGAAGCUGGGACUGUGGAAUAUGUUCCUUCCUAAGAACCAUUUUAAGGAAGGCGCGGGGUUUAGUAAUUUGGAGUAUGGCUUGAUGGCCGAGUAUCUUGGGAAGAGUAGAACUGCUAGUGAGGCUACCAAUUGCGCAGCCCCGGAUACUGGCAACAUGGAAGUUAUCGCCAAGUACGGCAGCGAGCAGCAGAAGCGUCGAUGGCUUGACCCGCUGCUCGAAGGCAAGAUCCGAUCUGCCUUCUUGAUGACAGAACCACAGGUAGCUUCUAGUGAUGCUACCAACAUCGAAAUGACGAUCAAGCGGGACGGUGACUCGUAUGUUCUCAAUGGCCAAAAAUGGUGGUCCUCCGGCAUUGGCGACCCGCGCUGUGAAAUCUACAUCGUGCUCGGCAAAACCGCACCUAACCACCCCGAUAAAUACGCUCAACAAUCCGUGAUCCUCGUCCCGCACGACGCCCCCGGCAUCACCAUCCACCGGAUGCUCUCUGUUUUCGGUUACGACGACGCUCCUCACGGCCACGGUCACGUCACCUUCACUAACGUUCGAGUCCCCGCCUCUAACAUGGUCCUCGGCGAAGGCCGCGGCUUCGAAAUCAUUCAAGGGCGGCUCGGCCCCGGACGAAUCCACCACGCAAUGCGGUCUAUUGGCGCCGCUGAAAAAGCACUAGAAUGGUUCCUCGCGCGCCUGAAUGAUGAGCGCAAAAAGCCGUUCGGCGAAAUGCUGCACAAGCAUGGGAUAAUGCUCGAACGGGUUGCACGGUCCCGGAUCGAAAUCGACGCCGCGCGCCUUGCAGUCCUGAACGCUGCCAUUAAAAUCGACGAAUCCAACGCCAAGGGCGCGUUGAAAGAGAUCGCGGAAGUCAAGGUCCUAGUCCCAGCUGUUAACCUGACGGUUAUUGACCGCGCGAUUCAAGCGUAUGGCGGCGGAGGCGUGAGCCAGGAUACUCCGCUCGCGAAUAUGUAUGCGCAAGGGCGGACGAUGAGAAUUGUAGAUGGGCCGGAUGAAGUGCAUUUGUUGCAGUUGGGGAAGAAUGAGAAUAAACGUGGGCCGGCGCAUAAGCGCAGGAUUGAUGCACAGAAGAAGAGGGGUGAGGAGUUGUGUAGAGAGUAUGGGGUUGGCACGAAUGAUAAGUUGUAUUUGAAUAGGAAGAGUGGGGAGGGGAGUAGGUUGUAGAUAGGCAGGGAUGGGACGGGACGGGAGGCAUAUUGGGUGUGUUG